AUGAGCAAAAUUACAGACAUUAAAUUCUUCACCGAGAAUCCAGGCCAAGAUAUCUUUACUGACGAUGAAGAGUUGGACUCCUCCGCUGCCCACACGUCUCCAUCUUCGUCAUCGUCUUCUCAGGCCGCUGUCUCUAAUAGUGCUUCUUUGUUUUCAUCAAAGCGCCGGAAAUUAACCCGUGGAAAACAGAAGAUUCCUAUAUCUUUUAUGCAAGACCGUGUGCGCCGUUGUUCAACCUUCUCCAAACGGAAAACUGGUCUCAUGAAGAAAGCCUUUGAGCUUGCAGAGCUCACCGGCGCUGAAGUUCUGCUUUUAGUUGCUUCCGAGACCAAUCAUGUGUACACCUUCACAACGAAUCGUUUGAAGGCAAUUAUUGACUCGGACCAGGGGCGAGAGCUUAUUCAAUCGUGUCUUGGUUCACGCAAACCACCGCCUUCCCCUCCUCCACCCCCAACACCUACCCAACCCAGUGUCAUUGAAUCUACCGAAUCUGCUGCUCCGUCGGAUGGAAGUGAAGGCGUCACGCAGACCGACACGCUACCUCAAACAGUCUCUAUUCAGAUGCCCAACGGGACUCGUCUCCAUCUUCCGGUGACAUUCUCUGAGCUCGUAUCAGAAUCCGGCUUAGUGUUACCGCUUUUGUCAAACUGCAAUGGAAAUCAGCCAUCAGCAGAGAAGGUAACCUCUCCAUUGUGCCUAACGUUUCCGAAUGGUGGAACUCAACUGCUGUCAGCGUCAGGGAUUAAGCCCCCACCCGAUUAG